AUGUCCACUUCUCCUUUGUCUGCAUCCUCAUAGGAAGAAUAUAUGGUCGAGGCUAUCACCAAUAAAAGAUUCAAGAAUGGCCGAGCGGAAUAUGAAAUCAAAUGGCAAGGUUACUCUGACAACGAAAAAACAUGGGAACCCAUUGAGAAUCUCCAAUCUGUUAUGACCUAUGUGUUAGAAUUUGAAUAAUCUCUCAAAGCCAGCGGAGAGGGUUCUUAUGAUGAUGGAGAUUCAGCAGAUGAAAUUAUCUCAAUUAAGAAAGACAACGAUGGUCAAAAUUUGUUAUUCCAAGUGUCCUGGAAACAAAAGAAUCGUCGAGCCCCCUAAGUUUCCUGGAUCAAUUAGAGUUCUCUAAAAAUGCACAACCCAGAAAUUCUAAUUGAUUAUUUAUUGAAGAAGAUCAAAUGGCCAAACAGUAAAUGA